AUGUCUCGAAGCUUCCUAGUGGAUUCCUUGAUCGGCAACAACUCACCGCCCUCAUACCCGCUGCCAUAUUAUGGCAAUCUGCCUAAUUAUAUGUUCAAUUUUUUUAAUGUGGGUUUGGGCUACCAACCUAUCAGACCGGUGCCCAGGCCACCCACCAUGCCCGUGCCGAUCAGCCCACCGACGCUGGGUGUCUUGCCGAUACCUAGACAGAGUCCUCCGUCACCUUUGAAUACCUCGACAAACAGACUGCCAGACGUUUCAACACCCAACGAGUCUCCGUCCCGCAACAGCACCCCGACGCCUCCGCCAAAAUCCCCGAGCUCCAUUAGCAACAGCUCGAAGCGUAUCCGGACCGCGUUCACAAGCACUCAGCUGUUAGAGUUGGAGCGCGAGUUUGCCUCAAACAUGUAUCUAUCGCGACUACGUCGAAUCGAGAUCGCGACCAAUCUGCGGCUGUCGGAGAAACAGGUGAAGAUCUGGUUUCAGAACCGCCGGGUGAAAUAUAAGAAGGAGGAUCUGCCAUCCGGCCAGAGCCAGAAAUGCUGCUGCUUACGGACCUGCAGUAAACGGAAAGAUAGCUGCGGAGAGGAAUCGCCCAGCCGGAAAUGCGAUCAAGAAGAAGAUGAAAGAAGAUCCAUGAAAAGUGAGAGUGACGAUGGCAAAUCCGGUCGCGGAUUUGCCAUAACCGAACGCCUCGAGCGAUCGAUCGCGAACGAAGACGUCGGCCCCGAGGAGAAGUUCAAUUUCACGAGAAUAAACUCCGUGCAGGAGGAUCAGGUGGUCGGAUACGAAGCGCGAGAUCUCUCUCGCGGUUGCAAGAGGAACCUGGCGGAUGCAAGUGAAGGGAACGACAAGAGGAGGAAGAUGGAGACGAUGACAGAUUAUCAAACUUCAAAUCCGGAGGCGAUUGCAACUCCAGUAUUUAGAAGUAUAGCAUGCACGAAGCAUACCGUCGAGAGAAUCGUUAACUCGUGA